CGAAUUAUUCGCGACGCAACGUAUGACAUUUCUAUCAAUCAUUGUAUAAAAGCAAAGUAUGGGGGAACGUUAUAAUAUCCAUAGUCAGUUAGAGCAUUUACAAUCGAAGUACAUUGGCACAGGCCACGCUGACACAACAAAGUUUGAGUGGCUUGUAAAUCAGCAUCGUGAUUCUUGUAGUUCUUAUAUGGGACACUAUGAUCUACUAAACUUCUUCGCUAUUGCUGAGAACGAAGCGAAAGCACGUGUUCGAUUUAAUCUUAUGGAAAAGAUGCUGCAACCUUGUGGUCCACCUCCAGAAAAACCAGAAGAUUAA